GCUGGCGGUCGCGCGCACUCUCCUCGGCUCGCUCCAUCAUUCAUGUUCCGGGGCUGGCGCCGUGUCGCGGCACACCCGGGCUCUACGCGCCAUUCAGAUUCCCGCGGCGUGCUUCAGGACGGAGCUUAUGCGCUAUGCAUCUUCCCGGGCCGGCGGAUGGGGUUGUAGGCUUUUUUUGGUCGCUUCUUUUCCCCGAAGACAGCCGCAUCUCUGGAAAGGGAAAGGGAAAGGAAUAAUGGUGACUCUAGGACAGUGUGUGCAGUAACACUACAGCACAGGCGGAGUGGCUAAUUCAGCGAGGGUUUUAAGGGCUCUGUAGCGACAAGGCGCAGCUGACCGGCACAGAAGAGAAGGCGCAAGGCUUCAUUCGACGGCCAAGCUUCAGAAGAGAGUCCGCGGAUGAGUGGCGAGCAAACAGGCCUUAAGGCGGCUGCAUCUGGCGACACCCGCGGCGCAGAACGUGCCACGCCAGAGCUGAAGCCCAGGCGAGGGAGGACAGGCCAGCGCAGGUCGCGACGCUGAGAAGGAAACCGGACUUUCACGGAGGUCGCUGCCUCGUCGUUCGAAGAUUUCAGACCAAGAGGUGAUGGUUGCCAUCCCGAGGCCAGCAGCCGGUUACCAUUGGGGCACAGCAGCGAAGCAUCAGUUAAGUGGCACCGGCUGGCCCCUUGCUGCCAUGGCACCUUUUUAAGCUCGUGGAAGUGCCCGCAUGAAGGAAGAGCACUCGAUGAUCUAGUGUAUAGACCUUGCGAACGCUGCAUUCCCACACUCGUGCCAGGAUGACGGAGGCCUGGCAACAGCAUGCAGUGGCGACGCCCCCGGUGGUCCACGCUAUUCCUCCGGGUGCCGAGAACGCACUCGGGUGUGCGGUUUACGGAAUCGUCCUGCAGCCCGAUCCGGCACUCCAGCAGCAGGCGGCGCAGCAGGCGGCACAGCAGCAGCAGCAGUCCCAUGCCGGUGGCGCUCAGGGGCAGCAAGCGGCCUUGCAGGUCGGGGAGGGCAGCCACAAGUGCGGAGCCUGCGGCCACGACAUCUCCCACCUCGCCAAUCCGCACGAGCAUCAGUGCAUGGUGAACCAGGACCGCUCCUUCCAGUGUACCCAGUGCCUCAAGAUCUUUCACCAAGCCACCGACCUGCUGGAGCACCAGUGCGUGCAAGUGGAGCAGAAGCCCUUCGUCUGCGGAGUCUGCAAGAUGGGCUUCUCCCUCCUGACGUCCCUGGCGCAGCACCACAACGCCCACAGCAGCGGAAACCCCAUGAAGUGCUCCAUCUGCGAGAAGACCUACAGACCCAGCUCGGCGGGCGCGGGCAACACCACCCCUACCUCCUCCGCCAGCAAUCCGCAGCAGCCUUCGGCGGAGUUCGAAGCUUCGUCCCCGGACCGGCCCUACAAGUGCUCCAUCUGCCAGAAGGGCUUCCGCCACCUGUCAGAGCUGUCCCGCCACGAGCGGGUGCACACCGGGGAGAAGCCCUACAAGUGCGACGCCUGCGACAAAAGCUUCAGCCAGUCGUCUCACUUGGCGCACCACCAGAGGACCCACAGCGCCGAGCGGCCCUACAAGUGCGCCGCCUGCGAGAAGAGCUUCAAGCACCGCUCCCACCUGGUGCGCCACAUGUACGCCCACUCGGGCGAGCACCUCUUCAAAUGCAACCUCUGCGAGAUGCACUUUAAGGAGUCGUCGGAGCUCCUGCACCACCAGUGCACCCCGGCCGGGGAGCGGCCCUUCCGCUGCACCACCUGCGGCAAGGGCUUCAAGCGGCCCUCGGACCUGCGCCAGCACGAGCGCACCCACUCGGAGGAGCGGCCCUUCCAGUGCGAGGAGUGCCAGAUGAGCUUCAAGCAGCAGUACGCCCUGGUGCGCCACCGCCGCACCCACAAGACGCACGACCGGCCCUUCAAGUGCAACCUCUGCGACAAGGGCUUCAUGCAGCCGUCCCACCUGCUCUACCACCAGCACGUGCACGGCAUCGAGAGCCUCUUCAAGUGCGCCUCCUGCCAGAAAGGCUUCAGCCAGUCGGGCGACCUGCUGCGGCACAAGUGCGGAGGGUGGCGGCGGCCGCCCGCGGCGGUGGGCGUCGACCGGCCCUACAAGUGCGACGUCUGCGGCAAGGCCUACAAGAAGUCGUCGACGCUGCAGCGGCACCAGAGCUCCCACUGCGCCGAGAAGCCCCUCAAGUGCACGCUGUGCGACCGCUUCCUCUCCUCCUCGGAGUUCGUCCAGCACCGCUGCGACCCCGCCCGCGAGAAGCCGCUCAAAUGCCCGGACUGCGAGAAGCGAUUCAAGUACGCCUCGGACCUGCAGCGCCACCGGCGGGUCCACACCGGCGAGAAGCCCUUCAAGUGUCCCAGCUGCGACAAGGGCUUCAAGCAGCGCGAGCACCUGGCCAAGCACCAGAGCGUCCACGCGCGCGAGACCCAGUUCAAGUGUGUGUGGUGCGGCGAGCGCGGGGACUUGGGGGCGCUGCAGGAGCACAGCGUACAACACACGGCCGAGGGCGGGGGCUACUCGGUGCCACCCUGCAUACAGUGAGUGGCUUUCUCCGCUUGUUGCCUCCCAUGGACUUGCCCGCCUGCCCGGCCCGGGGGUACACGUAUAUACACACACACACACACACAAACACACACGAGGGGGCGACGGUGGACUCCAAAGGGACACCUCAUUGACCUGACGGACUGACCAAAGCGUGCCAGGUGACAGCCGGGACUUUUGGAUGGACCCCUUGUGAGCGCUGGGUCCUGCACGGCCGGAGGGCAGAGGUGCCCAGAAAGCCCCAGUGUGUCAAAUGCCGGCGCAGGACCCAAGCUGCAAUCUGCUCCCGCACCCCCUCAUUAACGUUUUCACGUUGCCUCCACAUAUCUGCUCCGAGGAGCGCGCAGCUGGCAAACUCAUUUCCUGUUCUGUUCCUGGAUGGUGCCCACUGCUGCCCGAGCAUCGGAGAGGCAGUACAGAGAUGGGUCACGAGGGCAGGACUGGCAUCCCUCUGGCCUUUGUUGUCCAUGUACAGAGUGCCCGCCGUAGACGCCCACACGUUUAGACGUCGUCUUCGUAGAGCAUGCACACCUUUGUCUUUGAUGCCCCGUGUAAGUGGUUCUCCGUAGCCAUUGCCAGAGAAUGUUGUACCCCUUUGAGUUGUUUCAGCCGUAGUAUGUGACGAGAUGUUAGCGCCACCCGUGUUGCGAUGGAUGUACAUUCAACUAAAUGAUCUCUAUGUAGCAUUUCAUAUUCAUAGCACUAACAAAUAAACCUUUUUCAAGAA